AUGAGCAAGAUCUCAGACUUUGGCCUCCUCUCCUUCGAUGUCUACGGUACACUCAUAGACUGGGAGACGGGAGUUCUCAAUGGCCUCAAGCCCCUUCUGGAAGCCAACAACGCCGAUAUCUCUAGAGAGAAUCUCCUUAAAGCUUAUGCUAAGGCCGAGGUUGCGCAACAGGAGAAAACUCCUGAUAUGAAAUACUCUGAACUGCUCGCCACUGUCCAUCCUCAUGUUGCAGAGAGUCUCAACCUUCCCAAGCCUACUGCCGAGCAGGACAAGGCCUUUGGCGACUCCGUUGCGUCAUGGCCUGCAUUCCCCGACACCGUUGACGCCCUUCGUCGUCUCGGCAAGUACUACAAGCUCGUUGUUCUGUCCAACGUCGACCGCGAGUCGUUCUCUGGCAGUAACUCAGGACCUCUCCAAGGCGUCCCUUUUGAUCUCGUGAUCACGGCUCAGGACGUCGGCAGCUACAAGCCCAACCUGAAAAACUUCGAGUAUCUGCUGCGCGAGGUGGAGGUCAAGUUUGCAAUUCCAAAGGAGAAAGUUCUGCAGACCGCGCAGAGCCAGUUCCAUGAUCACCAGCCUGCCAAGAAGAUGGACAUCAAGUCGUGCUGGAUCGAGAGACCUGGAGCACUUAUGGGAAAUCGCGAGGGUCCUGUCUAUAACUGGAAGUUUGACACGCUUGGUGAUAUGGCGGAUGCAUUGGAGGAGGAACUCACUAGCAAAUAA